GGCAGAGCUGGGUUUUCUGUCCUCGUCGGGAAUCCCUGGGAAGACAAAGUCUGCUCGUGGUCCAGGGGUGUCAUGUUGGUGGGGCACUUCUUACAUCAUGGUGGUAAAUCCGAGCAGCUCGGGAUGGUCCACAUCACUUUUCCAGCCUGGGGUCACUGGUUUUAGCUCCAGAUGUCAUUUGGGCUCGUUGUCCUAAGGGGUGUUAAGUUUGGAAAAUGUCCCUGUGUCCCCUUGCACUCCCCUCAUUUGCAUGUGGGUCCCUGAUGUCACCCUCCUCCAGGCGCCAUUUUCAGGGAAGCAGCAGCAGCAGCACUCAACGGAGGGAAAAAGAAACACAGAGAUUACUUUUCAGAAACACGAGCAGUUUCUUGCAGACAAGAUGACAUUUACUGGCUUAUUUUUCUUCUGUAUGCUGAUGAACAUACUAACAGAUGCCCGAUCCAUCCAGGAUGGAGAUGAUCUCCACCGGGAAGCUGCAGCAUUGCCGUACUGGCCCUUCUCAUCCAAUGAUUUCUGGUCCUAUGUGGAAUAUUUCCGGACCUUGGGAGCUUACAACUGGAUCAAUGACAUGGCCAGAGCCUUCUUUGCCCAGUUCCCUUUUGGGAGCCACCUUGGCUACCACGUGCGUGACCACGAGCACUGAGUGCCUUGCUCAGCUUUGCCAGAGUUGCUGCCCAGGUGUUGGGAGAGCACCUGUCUGCCAGGAAACACCCCUGGGCUGCCUUCAGCUGUUUUGUGAUACCAUGGUCAUGUCCAGCAUGUUAUUGCUUCAAUGAGUCUCUUUUUUACCAUUUCUUGUAAAGGUGUUCGAGUGAACACCUGACUGCCAGCAAACACACCUGCACUGUGCCUCAGCCCCUAAG